AUGGCACAGGAAGGAGAUGGGAAGGCUCUUCUGUGGUCCAGUGCGGUGCUGAUCCGUGCAUGUCUGGCUGGCUCAUUUUUCUACAGCCUACGAAACCAGGCUUCUCAGAGCGCACGGGCAGCAGUGUCACUGGCGCUCAUCAGCCUGCAAUCCCUACAGGCCACGGGGAGGUCAGAUGACACCGUGUGGCUUUACUGCCAAGUUAACAGGAAGGUGCAGUAUCUUGAUGGCGGCUACAAGCGCUUCACCGCCUCAGAACUGGACAAGCUUAUUGCCAAGAGGCCCAAGAACUCACAGUCCCUCAAGGACUUCUACAUUGGCCAGCGCCUGGUGCUGACCUCAGGGCGAUGGUCGUCCGACCGAUUUGUUGCCAUCGUGGUUGACCUUCGCCAGCUGAAGUUGGACAACCGCAAAGCCAACUACACCCAAGCGAAGAAAGACAUCUACCUUGGGUCCGACGAGACUGUGAAGCUCCUUUACGUGGAUGGCGGCUUUCGGCGCCUCAGCGUGGCCGAGCUGGAGAUGCUGAUGCUGGAGGACGUAGACUCGGAGGGCUGGGAGAAGUGGCGCGUGGGGCAGUACAUCUACCUGGCAGGUUCCGGCAAGUGGUGGUCUGGAAGAAGCUAUGGUGCGACCAUCGUGGACAUCAGAGAUAUGGAUUCAACCGUGAAGGUGCAGUUCAGCACUGGGGGCUUCAAGCGUCUCCCCAUGGAAGACUUCAAGAAGCUGGUCACGGAGCCGCCCUCCAUGCCUCUUGGUAAGUUUAGGGUUUAG